AUGAAAAAUCUAUAUUCAUUUGUAGUUUUGGCGUUAUUAGUGUUGUUUAUGGGAGAUUCUAAUUCUCAAGAUCUUUAUACCUUUGAUUGGAAUGCCCCAAGAGUGAAUAUAAAUGGCCAUCCUCAUUUUAAAGUAAAUUAUUAUCCAGGAACUACAAAUUCAAAUUAUAAAGGUGAUUUUUAUCCGGAUUUAGAGUCAAAUCCAACAAUUAAGAAAUAUACGUUCUCUAAUAACUGUACUUUAACUGCUUCAACAGAUUAUAGUACAGCAGGUUUGUUUACCACACCUAUGAACACAGUUGAUAAUCCUUUUGGAACUAUUACAGAUAUCAACACAACCCUUAUUGUCCCCUUUGGAGUUACUGUAACUUUUUCAGGAAGAGUUGAAUUGAUUCCAUCUUUGUUAAUUAAAGGUAGAGUUGUUCUUGAGCCAAGUGUUGCUAAUUCUUAUUAUUUUGUUAUGAAAACAAUUAUUUUCCCAACUGGUGUAUUUGAAUCAAUUCCAAUAGCAACUUCCAACCAUACUGUAUUUUUACAAGGUGCAUACAGCACAUCACCUUUUAUAUGGGAUCCACUUUAUACUUCUUCUUUUUUAUGUCUUGGAGGUACUGUUUCUCUAAAAGGGUUUAAUAGUGAAUCGGUAUGGACUGGUAGAAAUAGUUCUUAUUCAUCAUAUGGUGGAUCUUUCUUAAGAACACCCUUUAUCUAUAACAAUACAGGAGCACCAAUUUUUAGAAUGGCAUCCACUGGAAGAGAUUCAAGUAAUAAUAAUAAUUAUGUGAUAAACAAUUAUUAUACUGGGUACAGAGCAGGGGGUUCAAAUGGUUUUAUAUCUGAUAGUGCAUCAUUCAAUGGUGGAGGAUAUCUUCUUGUAAACCCAUGGAAUAAAAAUCUUUGGAUUAGUGGUUCUAAAUUAUCGUCGAUGGUAUUCACAUUAAACUCGAAUGUUAAUAUCCAAAAUUGUGUAUUAUUUGAUUUAGGUCACACAAAAGGUGAUAUUUUGGAUGAUAACAUUCUUGACUCAAAUAAUAUGGUAACCCACACCGGGACAAAUUUACCAGAUAGAUACCCUAUUACACUCCUACACAAUACUAAAGCAGUUACCAUCAGUAAUAAUUUCUUUCAUCAUGGAUUUACUUUUGGUGGAACUCAAGCCUCUAUUCCAAGAUCAUUUAUUGGUGUAAAACGUUCUUUUGGCACUAUCUCGGGUAAUGCGUUUGCAUUGAAAUCUAGUAUAAGUGGUAUUUCUUUAUUACAUGGUACUGAACAAUUUGAAAUUAGUUAUAAUGCCUUCUUAUCCGUAUAUUCUGAUACAACAGAUAUAUCAUCAUAUAGAGCAUAUCCUGAUAUAGAUUAUUUAAAUGGUGGUAUCAUUACAACUUCACCUUACUCAACUUAUGAAGGAAAUGCAUUUGAAGGUAAUUUUAAAGGUGGUGCUUUUCAAGUAAUCCCAAUUCAAAGUAGAUCAUCUGCUACAGGUUUAUCAUCUGAUAUUUUAAUUGGUGCAUAUGUUGGUUUAACACAAGAUAAUACAGCUGAUUAUAAAACAAAUAAUGUUUGGAAUAAUGUUGAAUAUAAAAAUAAUUUUUUUGCUGGCGAAGCAGAAUUUCGUUUUAGAUAUUCAUUUACAAGUCUACCAACAAUUAAAGUAAAUAUGAAGUUUGGAUGGUAUAUUGGUCAAAGAGUAUCACAAAGACUUGGAACGACUGGUAAUCAAGCAAACAUUGAACUUUGCUAUGAUUCGCCAUAUAUUGCAAGCACUCUAUCUAUUGGUGAUAAUUUCUAUAUUACUACUUCCAAUUCACAUAAUGGAAAGUAUAAUGCUGUUUCAAUGGUUAAUUCGCUUGCAACUUCAACAUAUAAAUACUUUGCAGAAACAUUUACUUCAAAUUACCUUUCAAUCAAAGAUUCCAAGUUUUCCCAUUUUGCAGCAUCACCCUCAACGUUCCUUAAAAAUUAUGCAACUCAAUUAUAUUUUUCAAAUGUGAAUGGAACAAAGCUCAAUAUUGGAUUUGCAAUAAAUUCAUUCCAACCUCUUUAUAAUUUAUCACCAAUUAGUACUGAUGUUUCUUCAAACAGAAUCAACGUAUCAUUUAUUCCAAAUUUCGACUUUUCAUACUCUGAUGGUCAAAAAGUUGAUUAUAUUGUUGAUGGAAAUGUUCAAUCUACAUUAAGUUUUUCGUUGGAUCCAAACAAAGCAUUGAAAUACAAUGAAGUUCUAUUUCCAAAAGCAAAUGGUGUUUAUUCAGUUUUGAUUUCAUCAGUUCAAAACAUUCCAACAUUUAUCUCUCCAUAUGGGCCAUAUUUUGCAAACUCAUACAUAAUAGACUCGACUGCUAUAAACUUUUAUCUUGGUAUCGAUUUAACUUCAGAUAUUAGUUCAUCAGCUACUGCUCUUUCAAUUUUUGGUAAUUCAUGGACAAAAUGUGGUUGGGUUAGCUCAAUUUGUAAAACAACAGGCAAAUUCAGUAAGGUAUCUCCGACACCAUCUACAGUAACUGAAUCAGUUACUGGAGCGGUCAGAAGCAUAGCAAAUGAAGUAUCAAUGCUAACUUCAUAUUUAGCUAAUGAUGAUACAUUAGGAAUUAAAAGUUCAGUUAACAUCACAUUACCAUCAGGUUCAUCAUUCAAGUUUUUCAUUUAUUCAUAUAAUGCGGAUUACACUGGUGCUAAUAUCGUAAACUCCCUUCCAUUAUUCACAAUCAAAAUUAAUGGUAAAUAUCAAGAACCAUAUUCAAGACCUUCUUCAACCUACCAACAAUACAAAAAGUAUGGUCCAUUCUUUUAUAAUACUGACUCAACUGAUACCAAAUUAAUUAUUGAAUGGGCAUCAGAUAAUAUAAAAUACUCAAUACCAAUUUGUGGUAUUGAAAUUUUCUCAAAUAUUUCAUCACCUUUAGUUAUUCCUACUCCAACACCAUCAUCAGGUGGUGCAGUCGAAACAUCAAGUAAAUCAACAACUUCAAGUGGUUCAACCGAAACCAAUUACGAUGAAGGCUUAAAUGCAGCUUCAUCUGUUUUAUCUUCAAAAACAUUAUUUUAUUUAAUCUUUUUUUAUUUUAUUAUUUAUUUUUUUCUCUAA